AUGAGGCUUGAAUAUCGCAAGGAUUGUUGUGUUACAAGGACUGGUGCAUGGGAUUAUGAGACCCUUCUGGAGGUGUACCUUGGCAGUGGGAUGAAUUCUUUCCAGAGCCUCAGGUCUGAGAGGGUAUUGUCUGAGGUAGAAAAUGUGAAAUUACUGGAUCAUUAUGUAGGUAAGAAACCAGCUAAUGGGAGUCUAUAUCUUAUUGCAACCCACCUGAUCUAUGUGGAGACUUCUGGUGCAGCCCGAAAAGAGACAUGGAUUGCACUGCAUCAUAUUGCCACUGUGGAGAAGUCGUCCAUCACUAGCCUGGGUUGUCCCCUGAUCCUCCGCUGUAAGAACUUCCGGGUGGCCCACUUUGUUUUAGAAUCUGACGUUGUGUGCCAUGAGGUUUACAUUCCACUGUUAAAGCUUUCUCAGCCAGAAUUACAUGAAGAUCUGUAUGCUUUUUCUUACAAUCCAAAAUCCUCAAAAGAGAUGAGGGAAAAUGGAUUGAAGCUGAUUGACCCAAUAUCAGACUUUGGACGUUUGGGACUUCCCAACAGGUACUGGACCAUAACAGACGCCAACAGAAACUAUGAGAUAUGCAGUACCUACCCUCCUGAAAUAGUGGUUCCUAAAUCUCUUACAUUGGGAAUGGUAGUUGGAAGUUCGAAGUUCAGAAGUAAAGAAUGUGUGCCUAUGCUUUCCUACCUCUACAAAGAGAACAAUCCUGCCAUUUACCACUGUAGCCAGCCUCUGUCUGGAUUUUAUACUCAUUGCAUAGAUGAUGAGCUCCUGCUAGAGGUUAUUAGCCAGACGAACCCAGAGAGCCAGUUUAUGUAUGUUGUAGACACAAGACCAAAAUUAAAUGCCAUGGCCAACCGAGCAGCUGGGAAGGGUUAUGAAAAUGAAGGCAACUAUGCCAACAUUCGCUUCAGGUUCAUAGGCAUUGAGAACAUCCAUGUGAUGCAGAGCAGCCUGCAGAAACUCUUGGAAGUUUGUGAAUUGAAAACUCCAACAAUGAGUGAAUUUCUUAGCAGCCUGGAGAGCUCAGGGUGGUUGAGACACAUUAAAGCUAUUAUGGAUGCUGGAAUUUUCAUUGCAAAGGCAGUGAAGGUAGAAAAGACCAAUGUCUUAGUCCAUUGUUUUGAUGGGUGGGACCACACAGCACAGGUCUGCUCUGUGGCCAGCAUCUUCCUAGAUCUAUUUUGUAGGACAUUCAAGGGACUCAUGAUCCUGAUAGAGAAGGAAUGGAUAUCCAUGGGCCACAAGUUCUCCCAAAGGUGUGGCCACCUGGAUGGGGACGCUAAAGAAGUAUCCCCUAUCUUCACACAGUUCCUAGACUGUAUCUGGCAGUUAAUGGAACAAUUUCCUUGUGCCUUUGAGUUUAAUGAAAAUUUCUUGCUGGAAAUUCAUGACCAUGUUUUCUCCUGCCAGUUUCGGAACUUCCUUGGAAACUGCCAGAAGGAUCGAGAAGAUCUGAGAAUCUAUGAGAAAACCCAUUCCGUGUGGCCUUUCUUGGUUCAGAGGAAACCAGACUUCAGGAACCCUCUCUAUAUAGUCUUCACUGUGUAUGGGGUACUCAAUCCUAGUACUGUGCCCUACAACAUUCAGUUCUGGUGUGGGAUGUAUAACUACUUUGACAAAGGGCUGCAGCCCAAGCAGAGUAUGCUAGAGAGCCUCUUGGAAAUUAAGAAGCAGAGAUCAAUCCUGGAAGCAGAUGUGCACAAACUAGAAAAGGUGAAGAGUUAA